GAUAAUAGGUGUCAUGGAAUAACCUUCUCCUCCUCCUCUUACUCCCUCAGAGACUUCCUCCCUCGUGGUUCAGGUAUUGUGACUCGUCGUCCUCUGGUGCUGCAGCUGAUCAACUGUCCAACUGAAUAUGCAGAGUUCCUUCACUGUAAAGGGAAGAAGUUCAUUGACUUUGAUGAAGUUCGUCAUGAGAUCGAAGCUGAAACGGAUCGAAUCACCGGACAGAACAAAGGAAUCAGUCCGGUACCCAUCAACCUCAGGGUGUACUCUCCUAAUGUCCUGAACCUGACCCUGGUGGAUCUCCCUGGAAUGACGAAAGUCCCUGUUGGGGAUCAACCGGCAGACAUUGAGAACCAGAUCAGAGAGAUGUUGAUGCAGUUUGUGACCAAAGACAACUGUCUCCUAUUGGCUGUUUCUCCUGCCAACUCUGACCUCGCUAACUCUGACGCUCUGAAGAUCGCUAAGGAGGUGGACCCCCAAGGUCUGAGGACCAUCGGUGUGAUCACCAAACUGGACCUGAUGGACGAAGGGACGGACGCCAGAGACAUUCUGGAAAACAAGCUGCUUCCACUACGCAGAGGUUACAUCGGUGUGGUGAACCGCAGUCAGAAGGACAUCGAUGGGCGGAAAGACAUCACGGCAGCUCUGCAGGCUGAGAGGAAGUUCUUCCUGUCACACCAGUCAUACCGACACCUGGCUGACCGCAUGGGCACCGCCUACCUGCAGAAGAUCCUCAACCAGCAACUGACCAACCACAUCCGGGACACAUUACCGGCGUUACGAAGCAAACUGCAGAGUCAGCUGUUGUCCAUCGAGAAGGAGGUGGAGGAGUACAAGAACUUCAGACCAGACGACCCGGGACGCAAGACCAAGGCCCUGCUGCAGAUGGUGCAACAGUUCGCCGUAGACUUUGAGAAGCGGAUCGAAGGAUCAGGAGAUCAGGUGGAAACAUACGAGCUGUCAGGAGGAGCCAAGAUCAACCGGAUCUUUCAUGAACGCUUCCCCUUUGAGCUGGUUAAGUUAGAUAGUGAUGAGAAGACUCUCCGUAAAGAGAUCAGCUACGCCAUCAAGAACAUCCACGGGAUCAGGACCGGUCUGUUCACUCCUGACAUGGCGUUUGAGACGAUCGUGAAGAGACUCAUCGCUCAGAUCAAAGAGCCGUGUCAGAAAUGUGUCGACAUGGUGAUCAACGAGCUGGUGAACACCGUGAGGCAGUGUACUCAGAAGUUGGCCCAGUUCCCGAUGCUCAGAGAGGAGAUGGAGAGAAUCGUUACUCAGCACAUCCGAGACCGAGAGAGUCGCACCAAAGGCCAGGUGAUGUUGCUGAUAGACAUCGAGUUGGCCUACAUGAACACAAACCAUGAAGACUUCAUCGGCUUUGCAAAUGCUCAGCAGAAGAGCAGUCAGAUGAGCAAGAAGAAAGCAUUAGGAAACCAGGACGAGAUCAUGGUGAGUGUGUGUAUGGAGUUAGUGAUGUCACUGAUGUACACUUGACAAUGAUAAAUAAUGUGUGUGUGUGUGUGUGU